UGACUUUAGUGUCUGCUGAGGAUCCAAAAUGUCAACCUGGAUUCCAGUCAGAGUUGUUGAGUUUCACAGUGACCAGGAAGCACCUAAGAGGGGGCACGAGGCUGGGCAAAGUGGGCUUCACUGACUGCACAGACCGCGCAAGAUUUCUUUUCACCAGUGAUGACAGCCGCUUCAUGGUACACACAGACGGCACACUGAUGGUGAAGAGACAGGUUGUUCUACAUGAUGGACACACAGAAUUCUUCAUCCACUCCUGGGACUCACAAGGUCGCAAGAUGACAGUUCCUGUCAUGGUAGUGCAUCACGGGCAUCACCAUGGGAAUCACCAUGGCAACCAUCACCAAAAUGAAGAGCAUCAACAUGGAGACCACAAACACCACAACCAUCAGCAACACCAUUCUGAAGUAGACUCUGCAAAAACCACAGAGAGUGAAGCUGAUCCAGCGCUGCCUGUUCUGCAUUUCCCCAAGUCUAGUGAAGGGCUGAGGAGGAGGAAGAGAGAAUGGGUUAUUCCUGACAUCAAUGUUCCUGAGAAUGAGAGAGGACCAUACCCCCUAAAAGUAUCUCAGAUCCGAUCCAAUGAAGAUAAAAUAAAGAAGAUCUAUUACAGCAUUACUGGUCCAGGAGCUGAUCAGGAGCCUGUCAACCUUUUCACCAUGGACAGACUCACUGGUAUUCUGUACGUCACACAGCCACUGGACAGAGAGAAGCAGGCCAAGUACAUGUUUCAGGCACAUGCUGUGGCAGAGGGUGCAGGAAAUGCUGAGGAGCCCAUGGAAAUUAUCGUGAAUGUAAUUGACCAGAAUGACAACAAGCCGAUAUUUGCAAAGGACACCUACUUGGGAGAAGUUGCUGAGAACUCACCAAUAGGUACAGAUGUGAUUACGGUCACAGCCACAGAUCUGGACCAGCCAGACCAUGACAACUCGGACAUCCGCUACCGUAUUAUGGACCAGGACCCAAAGUUGCCCAGCUACCCUCUGUUUAUCAUCAACGCAGUCACCGGAGCCAUCAGAGUCAAUGCUGGUGGUCUAGACAGAGAGAAAUACCCAAAGUACACUCUGGAGGUACAAGCAGCUGACAUGAAGGGAGAGGGACUGAGUACAACAACGAAAGUAAUCCUCACUGUGACAGAUAGUAAUGACAACGCUCCAGUCUUCACUCAGCCCUCUUAUGAGGGAACAGUUGCAGAAAAUAAAGUGGGUGCUGUGGUCCUUACCAUGUCAGUAACAGAUGGUGAUGAGCCACAUUCCCCAGCCUGGAACGCCAAGUUCAAGAUUGUCGAUGGUGAUCCUGGACAAAUUUUCAGUGUGAACACAGGAGUUAACAAACAUGAAGGAAUCCUCACCACCAUAAAGGGUGCUGACUUUGAGAGGUCCGGCAAACACACUCUGAUGAUUGCAGUGGAGAAUGAGGUUCCUUUUGCUGUUCCACUCCCUACUGCCACCGCCACUGUAGUGGUGACUGUGGAAGAUGUCAAUGAAGCUCCGUUCUUUGAUCCAGUGGAGAAGCUUGUGUCUAAACCAGAGAACCUUGCCAUCGACAGUGAAGUGGUGCGCUACACUGCUAAUGAUCCGGACAUUGCACGCAAACAGACAGUCUCGUAUAAGAUAGUUAGUGACCCAGCGGGCUGGUUGACUGUGAACAAAGACACGGGCGUGAUUACAGUGAAGAACGCCAUGGACAGAGAGUCUCACUUUGUAAAGGACAACAAAUACACAGCACUCAUUGGUGCAUAUGACAAUGAUGAAGUCCCAGCCACAGGAACUGGUACUCUGAUCAUCCAGCUUGAAGAUGUUAAUGACAACGCACCCUCCAUUGUAGAACGUGAAUUCACUGUGUGUAACAAGGACGGCGCUCCUCAGUUGCUGUCAGUGACAGAUAAAGACGGACCGGGCUUCACUGCUCCAUACAGUGUCUCUCUACAUGGCAUGACUAAGACCAACUGGACUGCUAGGAUGAACGACUCCAAAACAGGCAUUAUCCUGAAUAUGGCUACUGAACUGCCCAGAGGAGUGUACACUGUUGUCCUGAGGGUUGCAGACAAUGAGGGCAUGGAGCAGGACAGCAGCGUAAUGGUGACUGUGUGCAACUGCAACCAGGGGCGCUGCCAGGGAUUUUGGGCCCUGUGAAAAGAUAUCACGUUG